AGAUAAGCAGCUAAGCCUCAUUUGACGUUAAAAGUUGAAUAUGGCUAGAGGUCGAUUAUAUAUUGUUUAUUUUAUCAGCCUCUUUGUGGUAACGUUGCAAGGCCAUAUUCGUUGCAAGCCCCCUCCCCGACCAUUGAGCGUAGACGACAUUCCGCCAAUAAUUAACGCUAUAAAUAAUGUAGGGGGAGUUACCAAGCACCUCAGAGAAUCUGAUAUCAAUGAAUUAACUGAUCCCACUAAAGCGACUGUUGUGACUGAAGCAACUCAGCUCACUAACACAACUGAUAUCAAUGAAACAACUGUUCUCAAUGAAAUAACUGAUCUUAAUAAAACAACUGAAAGCACAAAGCGUAAGCCUCGCAGGUUACGCAACAGGAUACCAAAGAAAAACACCUUCUUAAGGAAUCCCAACUAUAUCUCUAUUAACAAGAAGUUGGAGAAGCUAGCAAAAAGUAUGUACAUUUUGGAAUUGCCUUUACCGGCGCCGGGUGCCAAGGGAGGCAGUUCUCGAGGCUGCGACCAUUUUGAGGUUAUACAAGAUUAGUAAAGAUCUCAACGUAGCGAGUGACAAAAUAGAUGAAGCCACGAAAUUUCUAUCGAGUUGGCAUUAAAAGAAAACUAAGGCAAAUAAAAUGGUUUCCACACAAUAAA